CCUCAGGACACAGGGUGAAAACGUCUUUCUUGCUAUUGCCAACACAAGUGCUAAACGCGUGGCGUUUCCCGCGCUAGGACCCUGAAGAAUUGCGCGCUCCCCGCCGCUGGGGAGGGGAUGCGCGCUCUGGAGGCCCUGACUGGAGUGGAGUGUGACAGAGUGGCAGGCGCAGACCGCUACAGCUUAGCCAUCACAGCCGAGCCGCGCAGGGCUCCCACUACCGUUAUCCGGACCGGCGCUUUCCUUCCCACAUAGGAGUUCUUUAUUUAAGAGAGACCGGGAGGUUGAUAACGGAACAAUCAACUCCAAAACUGGCAACUUGGUGCGUGAAAAAUAAGAAAGAAACGUCCCCGCGUCCUGUCAGCUCCCAAAUUUGGGAAUUACAGUACGGCUGUAAUUCCUAUUUCAUUUGUCAUGCGCUUCAAUGAACUGUACAGGAUACCAGAAGAGGAAGGAAAGAAAUUUGUUUUUCACCAGAGGACUGUACAGCACGAAUUCUUAGACGGCGCAUAACCAACCCGAGGGUCGGUUUUCUCGGCUGAACAAUGUAAAUGUCAUUAGGAAUCCAUUCGGAGGGAUGCAACGGAGUGAAAGUUCUAAGAAACAGUUAAUUGCCUCAUUUAGAAACAACUUCAUUAACGUUUCCCUUUGGAACUCUAAUCGAGUGAAGAACAACUGCUUUAAAACCAACAUAACAGUGCUUACUUUUGUCUUGUAAUCAAUAAUAAUGUAUUUGGUAUUCAUUUUAUCCGAGAUAGUAUUAAAGCACUAUUGAGCUGUGCUAAACGUCACUUAGGACAGUUGAGGUUUUCAUAACGGAGCGCACAUUUUGAAAAGUGACAGCUUCUGGAUUCUUCUUUGAUCACUAAUAAUUUAUCCACGGUGACAGCAAGAGGAGAUCUGCUUGGCUUGGCCAUUUUUGAUUUUCCUGCCUUUUUUUUUUCAGGAACAAACUUUUAAUAAGGUCUCAACACAUCCCGCAGCGCGGUUCUCUGCGCAGUCUCAACCAGAAGACACAGAAAUUAAUUUGUAAACCUACAAAUGAGCCCGCGGCAGUAAUCGGCGGAUUUGCGCCCUCGGAGACAUGGGCUGACAGCGGGACAGCUGAGGCUGAACAGACGGGGACAAUGCGGGUGCCGGGGGCUGGCGUGCCGUUCUGUUUCCCCUUAUUUCUGCUCCUUGUUCUUUUCGCUGUCUCCGGCUCUCGGCUGGCCAAAGCCUGCUCCGAGCUGACCACCAUCAGCGGCUGCCGCUGCAACGACGACCGGUCCAAGUCUCACGUCACGGCUUCCCGCAAGAAAGUGAGCUGCAUCGGGGAAGAACUGACCGAGCCGCCCCAGGCUAGACUGCUCCCCAACCUGACCGUCACCCUGAUUCUGAAUAAUAACCGGAUCAGCGUGCUGAGGAAUGGAUCUUUCUUCGGUCUCUCCGCCCUCGAGAAACUGGAUCUGAAGAACAAUCUGAUCAGCACUAUCUUGCCUGGAGCAUUUCAUGGCCUGUCUGAGCUCCGAAAGCUGGAUCUCUCAAAUAAUCGGAUCGGCUGUCUGGCCCCAGAGAUGUUCCAAGGACUCUCCAUCCUCACCAAACUGAAUCUGUCAGGCAACAUCUUCUCUACUCUGGAGCAGAAGAUCUUCCAGGAGCUGCCUUCACUCAAGCUGGUGAGCUUUGACACUGACUUCCUGUUCUGUGACUGCAAUCUGCGCUGGGUGCCAGGGUACUUUCGGUCCAGUUCCGCCCGUCUGUCAGAGGAGACGCUCUGCUCCUAUCCCAGCAGCCUCCGGGGCAAGCCACUGCGCGGCCUUCGAGAAAAUCAGCUCACCUGCGGUGGUCCCCUGGAGUUACACACCCUCUCUCUCCUGCCCUCCCUGCGUCAGGUGGUAUUCAAGGGGGACAGACUGCCCUUUCAGUGUACCGCCGCCCUGCUGGACAGAACCACCUCCCUGCACUGGCGUCACAACGGCCAGCCUGUGACCUCCACCCCUGAGGAAGGCAUCCAGCUGGAGGACAGCAUACUGCAUGACUGCACCCUCAUCACCAGCGAGCUGAUCCUGUGGAACAUACAUGUGGAAGCCAGCGGAGAGUGGGAGUGCGUGGUGUCCACGGGCCGCGGCGACGCCUCUCGCAGCGUGGAGAUCGUGGUGCUGGAGAACGGCGCCUCCUUCUGCCCGGAGGAGAAAGUCACCAACAAUCGGGGAGAAUUCAAAUGGCCAAAGACACUUGCUGGCAUCACAUCCUAUCAAUACUGCCUGCAGUACCCCUACCCAGCCAUCACCAUCAAUGGGGGCGUUGAGCAGAAGAGGGCCUCACGGCACUGCAACCGACUGGGGCGCUGGGAAGAAGGCGACUACUCGCAGUGCCUGUACAAAAACGACAUUACCCGGGUCCUCCAUACCUUUGUCCUGAUGCCCAUCAAUGCCUCUAAUGCCCUGACACUGGCACACCAGCUGCGUACAUACACUGCGGAGGCCUCUGGUUUCACUGACACAGUGGAUGUGCUGUACGUGGCCCAGAUGAUGGAGAAAUUCAUGGAGUACGUCGGGCAGAUCAGAGAGCUGUCAGAGGUCCUGGUGGAGAUGGGAAGCAAUCUGAUGCAGGUGGACGAGCAGAUCCUGGCCAGGGCUCAGCGGGAAGAGAGCGCCUGCAGCUCCAUCGUCCAGUCACUGGAGAGCAUCGCCAAGUGGCAACUGCAUGGCAACGCCCAGGACCUCUCCAUGAGCUCCCGGAACAUUGCCAUGGAGGCCUACCUGAUCAAACCUUCCCACUACACGGGCCUGAGCUGCACGGCCUACCAGCGGAGCGAGGGGGCAGGGGCAGGGGCAGGGGGCAGCCAUGUGGGGCAGGAAGGAGCAGAGCCUUCCCAUGAGCAGCAGCUGCGUUUCCGCUGUACCGCCGGGACCCACAAUGCAUCACUGCACUCCUUCCCUCUCAAGAACAGCGUGGCCCUGGCGUCAGUGUCUCUCCCUCCCUCUCUCUUCCCACCGGCCGCCCCCCCGGACUGUAAGCUGCAGUUUCUGGCUUUCCGAACCGGACGUUUCUUCCCUGUCACUGGCAACUCCAGUGCCCUGGCAGACCAGACCUGGCGCCGCAGUGUCAACACCCCUGUCAUCUUUGCUGGUUUGGAUGGGUGUCAGAUGUGGAACGAGUCGGAGCCCGUUGCUGUCUCCCUGCGCCACUCGUUCCUGGGCUCAGCCCCUGUAGCCGCCCACUGGAGCUUCAGUGCCGGGGACAGGCAGGGUGGCUGGAGCCAGGAAGGAUGUCAGCUGGUGGCCAGUGACUCCACUGUGUCCACCCUGCGCUGUGCACACUUCAGCAACUACGCUGUCUUACAGGAUCUGCCUGAGUUCCCCAGCCUCGCUGCAGUGCCGGUGGAAGUCCUGCACCCUGUGGUCUACACGUGCACGGCCCUGCUGCUGCUGUGUCUCUUCACGGUGAUAAUCACAUACAUCCUCCACCACAGCUCCAUCCGCAUCUCCAGGAAGAGCUGGCAUGCUCUGCUCAACAUGUGCUUCCACAUCGCCAUGACGACAGCUGUGUUUGCCGGUGGCAUCACCCUCACUAGUUACCCAGUAGUGUGCCAGGCAGUGGGGAUCGCUUUGCACUACUCCUCCCUGUCCACGCUGCUCUGGAUCGGGAUCAGCGCCCGGGUCAUUUACAAGGAGGCGGUGUGGCAGUCACCACGGCAACCGGAGGACGAGCUGCCUGUCCCCCCCACGCAGCGCCCCAUGCUCAGGUUCUACUUAAUCGCGGGAGGAGUGCCUCUGAUCAUCUGUGGAAUCACCGCAGCUGUCAACAUCAACAACUACGGUGACGGCAGCCCAUACUGUUGGCUGGUGUGGCGACCGAGCCUGGGUGCCUUUUUUGUCCCAGCAGGCUUUGCAGUUCUGGUGAGCUGGGCCUACUUCCUUUGCACUAUCUCCUGCCUGCAAGGUCCGAGGCAUCAGAGUCACAAAGAUCUCCCUGGGUCAUCGUCUUCCAACUCCUCACCCCUUCCUGAGAGUAAGCCGGCACUGGGAGGCAGCGCCAGUCUGCUCUCUACAGACUCUGUUGUUGGUGCUAUGCAUACCGGGAUGGCCUUGGAGGACCAGUAUUCUUUGAAGGCACAGUUCUUGGCAGUGGUGACCACACAUGUUCUGUAUGUGGCACUGUGGAGCUGUGGGGCACUAGCAGUGUGGCAGGGAGGGAAAAGCCAGCUGUUGUUCAGUUGUAUGUAUGGAGUGGCUACCACAGUACUUGGCAUCUUCCUGCUGGUGCACCACUGCCUGCGCAGGCUUGACGUCCAAACCACCUGGUUGAGAUGCUGCCCAGGUUACCACCGCUCCCAGCCUAUACCAGCCUAUCUGCAUCCUUGUACUGCUGGCACAGGAGCACAGACCAACACUUCAGAGCGUGGAUCUCAGAUCUUUGUUGGCUGUCUUCCUCCGGGGGAGCCCCACAACUCUUCUUCAGCAAGAUCUUCCUCCACCCCAAGUGGAAUCAGUAGUCUGUCUGGUCCAGGACCCUGCAAGCUCACUAACCUGCUACAGGUGGCACAAGACAACACCAACAAUGCCACCCGUACCCCCAGUGCCACCAACACCAACACCAGUACCAGCACAGAGAAUAACGUCAAACAUCCUAACAACAAUCUGCUGUCAACAGCAGGUUCUGUAGCCCCUGGUCAACAGCAGAGAAGAAAGGUGGGCAACAGGACUAAGCAAGGGGCAUCUGGUCUGUAUCACCAUCGAGGGGAGGGCAGGGGACAUUACCGUCUAAAAGCUCUGCGUGGUGGAGGAGGAGGGGGCAGCUUGGGUGCCUUGGCGCCUCUGGGUAUGGAACAACUCACCACUCCCCAGCUAGGCCACAAACAUGCUUCCAGUGAGAACGGGAGCAUCCACAACAGCCAAUCAGAAAGCCACACCAGUCCACUGGCCAACGGGUGGCGGGUGGGAGAGGUGGCCGCUACCAGCUUCUCUGAGGGCAGUGACGGGGGCAGCAGUGGCAGCCGACAGAAGCCCUUUCCGCUGCUGCCCUCUGUAGCCAGCAGGGUGGCAACGCAGGGAGCUCAGAGACGCAGUGCCAGCCGGGAUAACCUCAAGCUGGCGGCGGCCGCUGAGAAGGAGGCCAAACGCUGUUCCUUCCCACUCAACAGUGGCAACGGGAACUUCUCCCCCGGGACCAGUCAGAAUGGGACACUGAAAGGUUCAGGGCUGGAGCUGGACACAAGUGGGACAGAACAUUCACAGGUGUCAGUGGGCAUGAAGAGUGGCAUCUGGAAGAGUGAGACAACUGUCUGAAUGACAGUCAUCUCAGAGCAAGACUCUUGGGCGUUUUAAAUAAAUCAGGCUGUUUCAGCCCACACUGUUCACCUAUAUUGUGGUCACUGUCAUGAACCACAACCAGUCAAGGGAAAAGGAACUACAGAAUCCCUUUCAAUCCACCAGCACUGGACAAUUUUGUAGAAACAGAUUGAUAUCUAUAUAAUCAGUUAAGGAAAGAUGUCUGUGAAUCUGAUGUGAAACCAUUGCAUUUAGCUCUGUGCAGACUUGCCUUUCCACUGUUUCUGUGAAGAAUUGCCCCUAUAUCCGUCCUGAAGUCAUCACCAAGAUGUACCUUCAGAUUUUGGUCUGUGUGACCACAUUUUGAUCCUGGAUUCAGGAUUUUGAGGACAUGGUUCAAUGGUAUAUUCUGAAGGUUAUAUCUUUGCUCCAAGUUAAAAAGAUUCACUGGUUGGUCCUUGUUGCUCUAGCUGAGAAAGCACCUGACUUUGAAUAACAAAUGAUUGGAACGGUCAGUCCUCUAGACUCAAUCUGCCCUCCAUCCAUUUGUUUUAGCUUGUCUGUGUAAACUCUUUAGAGUCUCUGACACAUACAGGGAGGUGCUGAGGAGGGAACUUAUUGAAAUGGAAUGAAAACUAAAUCCAAACAUUUUGCGGAAAAGAAUGAUGGCUGAAAAAACGAAAGCUGAAGUUCCUAGUUUGUGUUCCCAGAUUCGAGAAUAGCUGAUCCAUGAACUUCCUUCUAAAAUUCUUUACUUCUUUACACAUUUUCAAGAACUUCCAUACAUCUGGGAUAGCAAGUGUUAAUAUCAAUAUGACAUUUCAUUUUAAAACAGAAAGGAGAUCUCAGAAGGCCUCCUUUCUUGUGUAUUAAGGCACGUCAGAUGAAAGGGAAACUAAGCGUCUGUUUUGCAAAUAUUGUAUACACAUUUGGGGUCCCUAAGUGGUUGGUGGAGUCUGAGCAUUGCUGUAGAUAGAUAUGAACAAACAAGAGAGAACUUCAAUUAGAUUCUAAGUGGACUGACAAAGAGAAACUACACCUCCUGACCCUUCUAUAUCUCUGCCCAUUCCCUUGCCUAGGUAACAAACAAUGCUAUAAGUAAUAAGAGCGAUUUCAACUUUGAGGGUGUGCAUUCAUACAUUAGAAUUAAUUGGUUUACUGACUGUAGCUACAAAAGAAUCUAAUACAGUUAGUGGGAAGAAUAAUGGUAACAAUUCCAAAUACCUGACAACUAAUAUUAUACAAUGAUUUGCCUAGAAAAGGGAAAUAGUUUAUUCAGAAAGGGAUCAUGGCAAUUAGAGCAUUGCACAGGAUACUGUAAGUAUCACAAUCCAAUGUCUCUCAACAGGGCAUUUCUAAUGGCAAAACAUUUUUGGAACUUUGGAUAAAUAGCAAUGUAACAACCCCUCCUGCCAAGAAGCUGACAAUCAGAGCUACUUUGCUAGUUACAGUACUGCUCAGGUCGACUCACUGUGUUUGCGGUGUGAGAGCAGCCUAUAGGAACGCUACAAAUAAUCAGGAAACAUACUGUACCUGGUCUUCUGAUGCUUGGCUUUACUCAGCGAAGGAGGUCGUAAUGGGCUGUCACUGCUCUAAUGAGGCAAUGUCUUCAUCCGUCUCUGUUGUGCAUUAUUAUAGAGAUGGUGGUUUUCUAUAAGGGAAUGAAGAAAUAUUAGUAAUCCAUGGAUUUUUAACUCCUGAUUUGCAUAAUUGGACAAGUUAAAGCUUUUCCUUGAUCUUAAGAAGAUGGUUAGUUAGAUACACCUAUCAAAUCUGCUGGAUGCGCCCGUUGUCAAGUAUGUAUAUACACUUUUAUUAAGUAAAAUGGAUUGGGAGACUCCCGGAAGGAUUCGAACAGGGCAUUGGGAAACUGAGCAUUGUUUCUACAAUUCGAACAGAAGCCCUUGCAAGGGGCAGAAGGCAGAGAGAUAAGAUUGAGUGAGCUUCCCUGCAUUGGGGUGAAGCAACCUUGUCAAGAUAUCAGCUUUUAUUUAGGAAUCAGUUGGCUGCUCUCCUUAUCUCCUACAGAUGUGCUCUUUCUGUUAUACAAGGAGCCUCCAAUUCUGGUCCUGGAGGGCCAGAGUGUCUACGGUUUUUCAGUCAAGCUGGACACUUAACAAUCUCAAUCAAAUUAUUGACAUGACUGGACCAGUUUUACCAACUGCUCUCAGGUCUUAUUAGGUGUAUGACAUACCAGUCCUCUAGGGUCAUGACUGGGGACUCCUGCCUUAUACAUAUGGAACCAAGCUCCUGCUGUUUGGAACUGAAGGAACCAUACCGCCCCCUGCUGGAAGCAAUGGUGCAGUUGUCCUUGCAGUGGCAACUGAAAGGAUAUGGAAUUAAAAUCAAUGGACAUUUUCUACAGUUGAACUCCCCCCCCCCCCGAUCUGAAAAGGUUUUCCAGAUCUCUUUAAAGCAACAACACAAUUAAUCUAAUAACCAGUUGGUUUAGCUAAUUAAGUACUGGAUAUGAAUAAAAACCUGCAGGCACAGCAGUCCUCUAAGAUAAAAAUUGGAUAGCCCUGCCUUAAACAUUUAUUUUUUGUGUACCAUGAUUGUUCUUUACAGAAAGAUAACUCCUCCCAACAGCUAUUAAAUCCAGCAACUGACAAAGCUAUGUCAUUUCUGAACUUCCAACAUGUCAUUGCAGGCACUGCCUUAUUUCAGCCAUGUCAUACUCCACUCCUACAGGGCUGAUGGGUUGUCAGACAUUGCCCUCAUCUCCGAACGCUCUUUACUGGAGUGUUUUUUUUACCGUUUUGUUUUCUUAUUGUACAUCUUGAGUCCCAUGGUGGUCUUGUACAGUCGAUCCCUGAACGAUUUGAAAUGUAGAGCCCAUAGAAAACAGCCUUUCUUGCAGCUUUAAAUUAAAGUUAAAACAUGUCCAAUCUGUCUAGUAAAUGGGUUUCAUCAAAUGAUCUGAAAAAUCAGAACUUCUUGUAUUCCUUAUGGAAUGGUGUUUGACACUCCUGUCUCAUAGAAUGUUGCUGCCAUUGAUGUUUACAUAAUAAGCAUGCAUUAAUAUGCAAUUUGUAUACACUCCUAUAAAGCUGUAGCGUUAAAACUCUUAGUAGGCAAAAUAGGGCACUUGCGGUAUUCUGUAUUGCUGCAGAACACUAUUCUGUCACCUGUAAUUAUAUAGCUGAUCCUUGCUUAGGUUAGUCAAGCAGUGUUUUAUGAAGCCAGUCUGUUCAGGGAAAUUAUCGUGCCAAAGAUUUUUGUUUUUAAUUAUUGUUUGUUUUGAAGAUGCUAAAUAGCUUGAUUCAUUUGCAAAGCAAAAACAAAAUGUAAAUAUAUUUUUUAAUUCAUUUCUUUUUUAUUGGCCAUGUCAGCCUUGGAAUCUCCCUUUAAAACUCCGGUCUCUGGUAGGGCUGCAGAAGAAAGGAAGAAGUCAUUUAAACAACCUACAUUAUUACAAAGCUGUUAAACUCUUCACCCUGGCAUGGAAACCAUUUGGUAUAGAAACAUGCUGCAGCUUUGACCCUUUUUACUUGCAAACUACUGUUUCAUUGAACAUGUUAACUUAGAGAGUAUUUUUCCUUGAUAGGUACCACUGUGUCUUCACUACAUGCUCUGAAAGUGUAGUUUGGCUUAGAAACAAUAUCCAUCCUGACUUUGACAGGCAUUCGGAGAGGGCCAGAGAGAUUUUUAUUCCUGCUUCAAGGGUCUGGAUUAAAUCGAAAUUUCAACUUAAUCACAAAUUCUAUGUGCCAAUUGAUGGGUGCUUUCUGUUAGGCAGUCUCCUGCCUGCAUCUACUCAAUGGACAACCUCCAGAAAGUUUCAGGAUUUAAAUUUGACACUGGCAGAUGUCUCCAAGAUUGUACAGAAUAUUGGCCAAGGUCUCAGUUACAUCAUUGAUCCAGCAACAAAUAUUUAAAGUUCUACCAAGAUGUUUUACAUUGGAUGAUAUAUAAUACAGCCUUGAUCCAGUUUUUCAGUAUCUGCAGCCCCCUGGCUCUGAGUUUCAAACCCUCGAUUUAAAGUAUUUAAAAAUUAACAACUAUAGAAGGAAGAGUACACGUCAUUAUAAUGGAGGAUUCAGGUUUCAUUUAAUUUGUUUUACUUCAGCUCUCAUUUCAUUAAAGCCACAGAGUUAUGUUAUUGAACUGCUUUAUGAGCUCUUAACUGAAAACUCAACAAAAAAAAAGGAAAAUUUAACCGACCAUAAAAUUGAAAAAUCUAUGGUUUUGUAGUUCUCAUUUCUGGGUGAACAGGGGGAGAUUUCAAGAUUAAAGUGCGUAUUUAUAUUUUUUACCUGAAGACAAUUCAUUAUGUAUAUUAAUAAUAAAGCAUUUUUAUAUAAUAUAUUUCUUCUAGAAUCCGGACAGUGCCUUAUAAAAGAUUUGCUUUGUCGGUUGUUUAUUUCAAAAUAAAGAUUUUUUU